GAGAGAGAGAGAGAGAGAGAGAGAGAGAGGCGCAGUGAGAGGAAAACGAAAUAAGCGUUUUCCUCUCCUCCAUAAAGCAUCUCGGCGUGGGGGGAUUUGGGUGAGUGGGGACACUCAAACGCAAAGUUGACGAACUUUGCGCAUCUUUUUUUAUUUUUUUUAUUUUUUUACAAACGCCAUUUUGAUUCCUCUCCGGAGAAACUUUUGCAGCUUCUUUCUUUUUCUUUUUUUUCCCCUUCUUCUUCUUUUUUUUUCUUUCUCUUUCUCAGUUUCUCUCUCUCCUCAGCUCAUCACCACCAUCACCAUGUCUCGGCGAAAGCAACCCAACCCCAACAAAGUCAAACACGAGCAACUCUUGAAAGCCACCCAGAACACCUUAGCAUCGUGGUGUGUGAGCAGUGGUUGCUGACACGCGAGGUGCGCCGCUGCCUCUCUUCAACCCCUGAGCACCAGCAGCAUAAAACAACCUCGUCUGAGGACGGGAGGAAGUAGCCCAGACUGCAAAGGAGCUUCCUGUGAGGCUGUGGAUGGGAAAAGUUAUGGAAAAUUUAAUGGAAGAAAUGAAAACAGAAACUGCAAAUUGCACCACCACUGGGGAGGAGGAGGCAGAGCAAAGUGAGAACAGACAGAGCCCAGCCCCCACAGAGAGACAAACAAUGCACACAGAGGGUUCGGCGGUUAUAGAGGAAGAAGGGAAUGAAUGGGAGAAUGGACAGUAUGGAGAAGACGAAGAGAUGGAGGUAGCCGAUGGAGUGGACUUGUCUUCCAUUAACUCCAUGAUGAGCACUGUGAUGAAAGCAGCCCAGCUUAAUGGCGGUGUAGCCUCUGCCCACACCACGCCCACAAAGGUGCCUGUCAAAAGCCCCAGUACCAACCGCAGUGGAAGAAAGAACCAGGAAGCCAAAGAUGACAGCGGGUGUCUUGUCUGUCCACUCUGUGAUAAGGGCUUUCAGACCCAACACCAGCUCACCAUGCACAUCCGCCAGCACAACACCGAUAACGGGACUUCAGACCACUCUUGCAGUAUCUGCGGGAAGUCUCUGAGCUCGGCUAGCUCUCUGGACCGCCACAUGCUAGUGCACAGUGGAGAGAGACCCUACAAAUGCUCUGUGUGCGGUCAGACUUUCACUACCAAUGGCAACAUGCACAGACACAUGAAAAUCCACGAGAAGGACUCUGCCACCUCCAUCCCCAGCAGUCCCACCCUGUCUCCACCCAAGCGAAGACGCUCCUCUGUCACCAGGCGCAAACUAAGCCAGGAGGAGGACAGCGAGCGGACAGACGAGCCAUCCAGCAAAAAGGUCCUGGAGGAUAGUGGGGCAGACGAGCAGGGUUUAAACAGAGGGCAAGAGGAAGUGCUGACCUGCACUAUCUGCUUCAAGAUCCUUACCUCCAAAAACGAACUUGACGCCCACAUGGAGAUGCAUCCUGACACUACACUGAGAUGUGAUUUAUGCUGUAUCUCGUUCCGGACUCCCCGUGGUUUGCUUCGCCACAAUGCAGCUACCCAUAAGCAGCUGCCCACAGACCCCAAUGGGCGACCCUUUAUCCAGAACAACUCCUCCAUCCCUCUUGGAUUUAAUGACCUGGCUUUCAUUGACUUUUCAUGCCACAAGUUCCCUCAAAUUGCCCAGAUUUGGUGUGAAACAAACCUUCGCCGAUGCACUGGCAAAUUUCAUCGUUUUGUAUGUGACACCUGUGACAAAGCAUUCCCUCUUAGUUCAGCUUUGGACCUGCACAAAGCUUCUCAUGAGACUUCCAUUGGCACACAAAAGACAACUUCACCCUUAAUUAUAAAAGAUGAGAUUCCCACUUCUGAGAAAAGCAGUUUCAUGGAUUCCAUUGGCUUGCAGCACAUCUCUCAGGUCAAGCCUGCUCUCUCUGAAGAGGAUGCCCAACAGGCCAAGCUAGACAGCAUCCGGGUUAUCUAUGUGGAGUCUAACCAGUCCACCGUACCUCAGGAGGCUGGCCUUGUUGGAGGGGUUAACCUGUCUCUUGUAGACCCAGCAACUCUUCAAGGCCUGUCCCAUCAAGAUGCUCUCAAACUACUAUCCCUUCAGCCCUUCCAGAGUGGUUUUCUGGUGCAGCCAGAUGGUGGUAUGGUGAUGAAGCCUGUUUGUGGGGAAUCUAGUAUGGAGCUUGCUGAUAUACAACAAAUACUCAAAAUAGCUUCAGCUGCACCAAACCAGAUCGCUCUUCCUCCCUUAUCAAAGGCACCUUGCAGUGCCGUGCAGUCGGGCUACAAGCAGAUGCCUCCGCUUAAGCCAAAGCCCUUGGUGGCUCCCAGAACCAGUAUGGUAGCAUCAACCCCACCACCCCUCCUAAACACCCAGCAAGCUUCACUGGGCUGCAUCAGCCCCAGCCUCCCACCUCCUGCCAGCCAUCCUCUUAAGACUGCCAGGGAGCUCUCCUCAUCUUCUGCAUCCUCUUCUGCCAGCAACCAGGCUUCCACAGAGAGGAUAGAAAUGGAGGCUGAGUGUAUGGGAGAUGCCCAUACCCCAAUGGACAUGGAUGAAAGGCAUAUCAAGCAGGAAUUUGGCAAGUUGGAAGAGAACACUGGAAAGAAGGGAACAUCUCAAAAAGGCUCAUACCCUUGCCGAUAUUGUGACCAGGUCUUUGCAUUCUCUGGUGUGAUGCAGGCACAUAUGCGUUAUCAUUUGUGCAUCCUACCCCACCAAUGCAACAUCUGUGACUAUGUUGCCCCAGACAAGGCAACGCUGAUUCGCCAUUUGAGAACACAUAGUGGUGAGCGGCCCUAUAUCUGCCGGCUCUGUCAUUACCCAUUCACUGUCAAGGCUAACUGUGAGCGUCACCUUCGUAAGAAACACAUGAAAAACAAUCGCAAAGAGAUCGAGAAAAACAUUAAGUAUGUUACCUCGUCCACAUCCACAGCAGACAUACUUGAGCAGGCUGGGACUAGCGAAACUACCUGUCGCUUUUGUGGGGAGGACCUAAAGUCUUUCCGGGCCCUACAGAUUCACUUACGCACCCACAAUGGCUGCCAGCGAAAGCCAUUUGAGUGCAAGCGCUGUGGAGCAGCCUUCCUCGCUAAGCGUAAUUGUAUCCAUCAUCUACUGAAACAACAUCCAGAGGUCCAAGAACAGGAUAUUGAAGAGCACAUCAUCACCCUAGUAGCUGUAUCAUCCAAAAAUAGCCCAAACCCAUCUCCUCUCAACGGAAUUUCUCCUAGCACUUUGGUUCAAUCUAUCAAAGUGGAGGAUCUCAGCUUCUAUGGUGCAGAUAUGGAUCAACCCCUGGACUUCUCUAACAAAAGUCGUGGGGGUAGCAGUGCUGGAAGUGUGAGUGGAUCCCCUGGGAUCAAAAUUGAACCUACUUUUUAUGACCCGUCCAUGGAACCCAUUGAUCUCUCUAUUCCUAAGAAUCCCGCAAAGAAGCUUAAACAAGACAUUGAUGCCAUGUUUCCAAGAGAGGUUAAGAAAGAACAGUCAUCCAUUAGCAUUCUUGCACAGGCUCUUCAAGCUGAUAGGCCCCUUGAUGAGAAGUCCCAAAAGCUUGGCUGCUACCAGCUCCCUGUGGCCUUGACCUCCUUGACAGGUAGUACUAAUGCUUCAGGAAGGGCCUUGCGUCUAAAGCCCCUGCUUCCUAAACCCUCCUCUACUGCCAUGAAGGAGCUUCCACCACUAGCAUCCAUUGCUCAGAUAAUUUCCUCUGUUUCGGGUGCCCCUGACCUUCUUAAACGGGAGAACACUAAAAGCCUUCAGCCUGAUUCUGAUACAAAUGGCAGGCAAGAAUCACCAGAUUCCUUGACAGAGGAGCUCCUCUUAGACAGCUCUAAGAAGAGGUCCAGGAAAAGGCAUUCCAACAGCACAUCAAAAGAGAAACCUGUGAUGAUUGCCACAGACCCGAACAUCGAUUUGGAGUCCAGUGGGGAGUUUGCUAGUGUUGAGAGGAUGUUGGCAACCACUGAUACCAACAAGUUCAGUGCCUAUCUUCAGACUAACACAGUUGAGUUAGCAAGAAAAGGAGGGCAACAGACAAGUGCUAGUGAUGAGAAAGAGGUGAAAGAUGAGAAACACCCUCCAGCCCAGCAGACUGCUCAACCUUCCAAAGGGAAGAAGAAUGCAUACUCAAAUUCUGUGCAAAAGAUGACCUGUCCCUUCUGUCCUAGAGUCUUUCCUUGGGCCAGCUCACUCCAACGCCACAUGUUAACACACACAGGUCAGAAGCCAUAUCCUUGUCCCCAAUGUGAUGCCUAUUUCUCGACCAAGUCAAACUGUGAGCGGCAUCUUUUACGCAAGCAUGGUAUUUCCAAUCGAGUGCUUAGGCGCAAUGGUGUCAUGUCACAGCAUAAGGAAGCUGAGGAGGGCUCACCAGAGAGUGCAGAGAGCACAUCUGAGACUGAACUUCCCGUGGGUGAAGCAAUGGAUCUCACAAGAGACGACCUUGAGAAACCUGAUGCAUCUGACGCUGAGAAACCCUCACCAGCUAAGCCGACAGAAGCAGCCAUAGAAGAGCCUCUUCCUCACAAAGAGGAGGACUCACCAGCCCUUGAAUCUUUGAAGCACAAUGACCCAGAAAAACAGGAAGACAAUUCCUAUAGCAAUAAGACCCUUGAUUUGACCUCUUCCUCCAAGCCAAUAGACUUUAAGUCUGCCGAGAAUGACCAGCCACAGUCUUCCCCUGCAGCAGAUGGGGACUUGUCUGAGAAAGCAACACUUCAGGAAGAGUCCAAGUUCACCUGCAAAAGUUGCAACAAGAGCUUCCGCUACGCUGCCACCUUGACCAGACAUGAGAAAGUUCACCUGCUGGAUGUAGCAUCAAACUCAACUAAUGUACCUUCAAAAGCAGAUGAUCCAGUUGUGCCUUCUGAAACUAAGAAAGAGGUUGCAGAAGAGGAGGUGGAGAAAUUCUUAAGGAAAGGCACAGCAGAGAAUGAGGGAAUGGGCAGUGUGGCGGAGAGUGGUUCUGAGGAGGAUAAAGAGGAGCGGAGUGAUGAAGAGGGAGCCGCAACUGAACCAAAGAGCGCUGAGGGAGAGGCAGGGGAAUCUGGCAGCAAGCCGGACAAGAGGAAAAAGGUGUGCAAUAUAUGUAACAAACGUUUCUGGAGCCUUCAAGACCUCACCAGACACACACGCUCUCACACAGGUGAGAGGCCUUACAAAUGUCAGACAUGUGAGCGCACCUUCACCCUGAAGCACAGUCUUGUCCGGCACCAGCGAAUCCACCAGAAACCACGCGGAGCUGAUGGUGAGGGGUCGAUGUGUGGGGUCACAGGUGGAGCAGACGAGGAGGGCUUCAGCGGGCGCUCGGCCAGUGAAGGCGAGUACACGCCCACCAGCACCAAUCCACCCUCUGAUAAUGAGAGUGAACUAACAGAGACUGUGAAGGGGGAACCUGCUCCCCAGGAAAAAGAGAAAGAGGAGGAUUGUGCACCCUCUGUACCAGCUGAUAAGGUGACAGAGAUGGAAGAGUUUACACCAACCUCCCUGAAUGAAGAGAAAGGACCUGCACCAGCAAAAAAGACAUCCAAAGAAACUCCAGCAGAGGAACAAGCCUCGAAUUCACCGACCACAUUUGAUAUAGAGCCAUCAAAUGGAUUCCUUCACGGCUUACUGGAGAUCCACACCAAGCCCACUACUGAUCACAUUUUGCCCACGUCCGAGCCGCCACUGUUUGGCGUGGAGUGAAGAGGGACUCGUCGUCUCCUUAACUUUGUGGUGAAAUAUUGUGCUGCAACAAAAAGCAGUGCCAUAUAACAAAAGUGCAUUGCAAUGAAAAGACAAGCAAUGACUGAUUCCAAGUACCUUUCUACUUUUUUGCUAUAUCUUUAUCAGCAUUUAUCUUGAUCUACAUUUUUACAGUAUUUUACAACAAUGAUUAUUAUGAUUUUUUUGGAAUCCUGAGAGAACUACUUUAAGCAAUAUAUGAACAAAUUAGUAUAUCAUAUUGUACAGUUCAGCAAUAGCAAAAACUGUCCCGAAGAAGCUGGUUUAUACCCUUAUCCAGCAAAGGCUGAGAUUAACAUGAGGACAUUUCUACUGAGAGGCUUGAACCCAAGUGCAAAACUGGAAUAUGCAAAGAGGUCUCGUACAUCAAAUGGCUUCUCUGUGACUUUUUGUCCUCCUUUAUUUGUCAGUACUUUCAACUUUUGUAUAAUUCCUUCAAUGACACAGGCUUCCAAAGUAAUUGUUUUAUCGCAAUAAUGAGCUCUGUUGUUAUGGGUGCCAUAUCACGUACAGUUUUUUUUUUUUUUUUUUGAGAACACCCAAGCAAAGAUCAGUGGGUCAACCUCGGAAAGCCGUCACACAAAGUAUAUGGGCAAUGUUUGCCCAAAAUAGGUGAUAAAUGUCCAAGUGCGUUGGUUUUGUCCAAUGUCCAUAGUUGGCUUUAGCGUUUGGCAAAAAAUGAUGGACAUUUUUAAAGAGGAAACUGCAAUGCUUUCCCUCAAUCCCAGUAUCAGCUAUGUAAAAAAAGUAAAAAGCAAACACAACAAGAAAUACAGAAAGCCCACAAGUAUGAAUCUGAUGUACUUGAGUAAAAAAUUAAUGUGUACCUCUGUCCAGAGUUACUGUCUUCCAAAACAUCACUUUUUAUGCCUUACUCUUUAUCUUCUGAGCUUCAGGUAGGUGUCUCACUUUUUGCCGGGCUCAUGAACUAGAAUUCAUGAUGUACUUGAACCCUGUCGCCCUGCUGCCUCCUGUCGGGACGUGUCGUCCUGCAGAGCUCCUCAACUAGGAGGACCCUAUGUCAAUCACACAUUCUUUUGUAGUGUUGGAAAUCUCUUUGACCUCUCUCAGUUUUAUAAACUCGUGUUGUAAAGAAACCUCAGACACAAACAAAGCAAACCUCAAAGGGCACGGAGACUGUUUGAAAUCGCAUGGAUUGGUAAGCGUCUUCAAAUACAAGCCUUUUGAUUUUCUGGAGCAGCCGUCUACCAAAUGGAUGACUGUCAGUCAGCACGUCGCUGGUGUACGACAUCAGUGAAAUGGACUAUUGAAGCAAUAGUGGGUUUCUUUGACUGGGGACAGUGAGAGAGCUUGUCCCUGAUUUGAUGUCAUCGUAUGCUCUCAACUUCAGGCCAUGUUUGCCCCCUAGUGGUGUAAAUCGAGCAUCUCUGCUGACUCUGCUCAGGCAUGAGACUUGUAGUAUUGGAUGAACUUGAAUGCAAUUGCAAUCGCUUUCUCAAUCUGUGUAUUUCUGGACUUCUGCUUCUCCUGAUGCCUUUAUCUGGGUUCAUGUGAGUGUGUUUUGUGUUGGUUUUGUUUGGAAGCGGUUGGUUUCCUGGUAAGAAUGCUCACAGACUGUUUUUAAUGUAUUUAUUAUGACCCAGUGCGGGUGAAGAAGUAAAUGUGGAGAAGCCAUGUAUUAACACAAUUAUGCUGCAUAAAAAAUGAUUGAAAUUCAAUGAUUAGCAUCCCAGCUUUAAUCUGGGUCUUUGAUAACAAUAAUCACUUUUGAUCCGAAAGCUUUACGUAGACCUUUGUAUGCAUUUUAUAGAAUGUGUGGUCUGUUUCUUUUAUCUUUAUUAUAUUAUUAUUUUGAUUGAUUACUUCAGUUUGACAGAGAUACAAGUUGUUUUCAUUGAUAUAUUCUUUGCAUAUAAAACUGUGAAAUUUACUGUGUUCUUCUGCUAUGGGUGAAUCUUUAGGGUAGUUUUGCAUGAUAACCUUUUUUUGUUGUUCAGUUAUAGAUUAAUUUUUUUUCUUUUUUUGCCCCACCUGUCGCCCCACUUUUUCUCACACUCAGGGUUCUAACAAAAAGGCUUUCUCAAAUCGGCAUUUUCCUAUGUUGGAAGAAAAGAAAAAAAAUAUCUCCACCUAUAAUUUUUGAAUAAGUUGAACCAUCAAUCACUACUUUCUAGCACUUGACUGUGAAUUCAAAUGAACAGGAUGGAGUUAUUUAAAUCCACAUUCCUCUCCUGGGUUUUCUACAAGAUUUGUUCUCCGUUUUCCCUUCUGUUUUUUUUUUUAUCCUCCCUGUCGCCAUUCCCUGGAGAGAAAUGGAGACCCGUCACUGUUUGACAUGCUGACUGAUGUAAAAGGGAGCUUCGUAUCGCUGCUACAUCCCCAAAAAUAAUUCUACUGUAUUUGAAUGAAAUCAGAAUCACCAGAACAUUUUUGGUACACUACUUUUGUUCUUCGAUUGAGUGCUUCAGAAUCAGAAAUGUAAGCUGUUCUGUAUCAAAACUAUCUAAGCAAUAAAGAUAUUUUAAAGAAAA